AUGCGCCCCGCCGCGCCUCUGCUGCUGCUGCUGGCCGCCGCCGCGGCCGCACGCAGCGCCGCCGCCCUCACCGCGGACGCCCUCGCCAACGCCACCGUCGUGCCCGGUGACGCCAGAGACGGCACACCCAAUACCGUCAUCCUCGGCAACGGCACGAUCAUCCAGUUAGACAACGACACACUAGUGGAACUAGAUGGUGACAAUGAACCCGUGGUCAGAAGGAAACGAACCUUCGGCGAUAUAGUGUUCAGGGGACUCGCGGAUGUGCUCGGAUACAGCGUCGCAAGGAAACCUGCGCAGGCUGCAUUUCCACCACCACUCGCACCUGUGCCCGGUAUAGAUUUGCCACUGCAAGCGGGAGCGGCUCCCGCCCCGGCGCCUGCCCCGGCCCCCGCGGCACCACCCUGCGGCGCCCCGCGUGCAGCCGGGCCUCCGCCUUGUAGAGCUCAAAAACCUCCACCGCCACCUCCACGACCGCCACCUUGCCCUAAACCUCGGGCUGCUCCGCGUAAACCGAGGCCACCGCCUCCUCCUCCCCCUCCACCACCACCGCCUCCGCCGCCGCCGCCACCUUGCGCUAAACCAAGGGCGAAUCCGACAACACCCUCGCCGUGUGCACCGGCACCACCGCCGCCUCCUAAACAGCAAGCCGAUUCCAAUCUCGAGACCAUAUCUUCUAACUUCCAACUUAACUUUAAUUUUGUACGAAGUACUCCGAGCCCAGCGGCACCGGCCGCCGAGGAAGUCGAACAAGAACAAGAACAAUUUGUGCCUAUCGCUAUUGAACCACGAGCAGCGAGACUACCGCCACCUCAGCUGCGUGAGCCGAGGGUCUAUGUUGACGCAUUUGUGGUGAGAAAUGGAGUGACACAAAGAGUGAAUACUGUUGAUGCUAAAGCAUUGAACUCUCAGCGAGAUGCAGUCGAUGAUGAUUACAUAGCAUAUGACGACGAGGAAGUACAACCAGCUGACGACGACUACGAAGAUGUUCAAGAAUCUCGUGACCGAGCCCGAGCAGUUCAAGAAUUUGGCGCUGCUGUUGACCGUUUCUGGGAGAAAAAGAAGAAACCGAAAAAGCUGCCAGCGGAUCAUUAUCAAACAGUGCAUUUUGGAGACCGUGAACUUGCUAAUCAAAUUCGAAGAGUCGGCGAUAAAGAUUCUCACCAAAGUAUACAGCGCUCUCGUCCAAACCGAAAUCGAAUAACUCUACCGCUGCCAGAAGCUGAUGAUGAAAGUGAGGUAACGACCACUACUGAAGACCCAAGGCGUCCUUUGAGACCGCGAGUCCUUCCCCCAACAGAACAUAACCCAAAUCAAAUUGACACAGUUACAGUCCGCGUGCCCCCCAUAUAUAAAGAGAAACGACCAAAAAAAUUACAUAGAGACCGCCCUGAACGACCAGAUCGAGAUGAAAAUGAAAGUAACGAGGCUGAAGAGUCAGAGGAGAAUCAGAACUAUCCGGAAUCGGAUACAGAAGGAGAGGAUAGUGUUCCUAUUUACAGAACAGAAGCGCCAGUUCGACGUAAACGGCGUCGUAAACAAAAUCGUAAAACUCGUUCCGCAGAAGAAGAAGACGAUGUUGAAGGUGAAUACUCUGCCGGCGACUAUGACUAUUUUGGUAAAAAGCUUCCAAUUUCUGAAGAGGAGAAAUUUUAUAGAGCGCUUACUAUUCCUCCGCCGACGAAAGAUGCAGAUCUCGCACGGCUCGAGCAAGCGCCAGAGGAUGAAAGGAAUGGGCAUUUUCUAGACGAUCAUGAACGCCUUCAAGAGGAUCCCGAAAAGAUUCGAGAAGAUGAGCGGACAGACGACUCUGAAAGGGCGGACGAUUCCGGAAGGACAGAUGAUUCCGGUAGAUCGGACGAUUCAGGCAGAGCAGACGAAAAAGAACGGUCUCUGAAAGACGAAGAACGCACCAAUGAAUCAGGACGUGCUGAUGAAAAAGAACGAACAGACAAACUUAGCCCCAACGCCCGCGUACGGGAGACGGGAUACAGAACAGGCUUCGUUCGCGCCACCAACGUGCAGGUGGACGACCCGCGGCCUCGCGUUUCCACUCUCUCCAGCAAGUCCGUGAGGAUCGGCAACGAGCGAGCUUGA